AUGGACCCCAGACUCCUUGCCUCACAAACCCCUUACCGCCGUUUCAACUCUAUAGUUUGCCUUUUUCCCAAGACACAUCCUUUCCCACUGCUCCGUCUUCCAUCCAAAUCUCUGAAGACUGCUCUCCGAUUUAUGAAUGGUUUUCAAUUAAUCCUGCUCUCAUUUUGCCCUACAAACGCGAAAAACGCCACGAAAUUGGUGAUAACGCGCUCCGAGCCAGUAAUAGCAGUUGUCGUGCGGAAAGAAUACCUUCUGAUUGACGUUUUUCAUAGAGGAUUUCAAAUCGAAAUAUUUAUCAAUAACGAAAGCUUCGAAGUUGUAUUAACGGAGGCCCGUUUUUACAAUCGUUCGAUUAAAAUUAAAUUGAAAAAUGAGAAAUUCCCAGUGAGAGACUAUUUACUUCAUGUCUUGGAUGUGACGAGCGGUUCGACAAUCAACAUAAAGCACUAUGACACCAGUGAGCUCUUCCAGCUGGAAGAAGCUCGAAGAUGCUUCAAGAAUAUUCUGAUUAAUCGAGUGUAUUGCUUGUCAAAUUCUACGAGCAAUGUACUACAAUAUUGUUCUAUUUCUACAGAACUACUUACGAUAGAUACAAAUCAUACUCCAGAACUUGCGCCAGUGUUUCAUACUAUUUUAUCUGGAAACUUUAAAAAACUGAAAAUCAAGUCUCCACUACGUAAUCUCGAUCACUUGUUGAACAUGGACAGUAGCUUAGUGAAUCUUCAAAAUCACAAUUUCACCGAGAAAGAGCUGAACUUGUUCCUAAAGCAUUGGAUACUCGGAGUUGCUCAUCGAAAUCUAAAAACGCUGAGCGCACACAAUGAGAUAAACGACGAGACGGCUUUAUGGAACGGAAUUCGAUAUCAGGUUCAACCAGAGUCAAGGAUAAAAAUUACUGAAGAUGACUAUUUCAUUUGGAAGCCAUGUCGGGAAUACCGUGGUGGUUACGAUAUCAAACGGAAUGAUGGAGUUGAAGCAACACUUUACAUUUUCAAAGAUUGGCAUUGUUUCCAUUUUGUUGUUUGGCACUGAACCAGUUUGAAAAUCAAAUUUCAAUAAAAUUUUUGUGGAAAAUUC